AUGGAUUUCGUUGGUCCCAUCAUCGAAAUUCUCCCUACAUUGUGGAAUUGCACUUCCAAUGGCAUUGCUAUCAUCCGUCAUCUCCAAGAGAACAUCACUUCAUUAAGACAGACAAGGGAUGAACUCGAGAACAUCAGCAAAGAUGUCAGGAGCAAGGUCGAGCGUGCAGAGCAGCAAUAUCGUAAGCGUACAAACCAAGUUGAAGGCUGGCUGGAAAGUGUGCAACUCAAAUUAGAGGAAGUGCAGAAUAUUUUGCAGAAGGGAGAGCGAGAGAUCCAAAAGAAAUGUUUGGGAAGUUGCUGUCCCAGGAACUGUUACUCUAGCUACAAGCUUGGUAAAGAAGUAAUUAAGGGGACUGAAGCUGUGAAGGAUUUAAUAAACAAAGGGAAGGAAUUCAAAUCUUUGGAUGAUGUUUCUGAAAAACUUCCGCCGCCUCCAGUGGAUGAGAUAUCUGUGAAGAAGACUGUGGGCAUGGACUCCAUAUUGGAUGAAGUUUGGAGUUGUCUUGACGACCAUGAAGUGAGUAUGAUCGGCUUAUAUGGCAUAGGAGGUGUUGGCAAGACCACCCUCUUACAGAAACUUAACAAUAAAUUCAUCGAUAAAAGACGAGGUUUUAAUGUGGUGAUUUGGGUUACGGUGUCUAAAGAAGUGAACUUAAAUGGAAUUCAAGAAGUUAUACGAAAUAAAUUAGAUAUUCCAGAAGAAAUAUGGGAAAGGAAAAUAGAUGAGCAUGGUAGAGCUGCAGAAAUCUGCAGAAGCUUAUGUAGAAAAAAGUUUGUGCUAUUGCUAGACGAUCUGUGGGAGAGAAUAGACCUGCGAAAGUUAGGAGUUCCUGAUCUUUCCUACAAUCAAAAUGGGUCAAAAAUAGUAUUUACAACCCGAUCAGAGGAUGUGUGCGAUAGCAUGGACGCUGCUGUCAAAAAAAUUGAAGUGAAAUGUUUGUCAUUUGAAGAAUCCUUUGAAUUGUUUCGGCAAUGUGUGAAGGAGGAUGUUCUGAAUUCUCAUCCAGAAAUUCCAGAGCUUGCUAAAACUGUUGCCAAAGAGUGCAAAGGUUUGCCGCUUGCUUUGAUCACUAUUGGAAGGGCCAUGUCUAAUAGGAGAAAACCUGUAGAAUGGUGUUAUGCAAUCAUCACACUGCGGAGUCAACCAUCUGAAUUUACUGAUUUGGAAAGUCAUGUCUUCCGAGUUCUGAGGUUUAGUUAUGAUAGCUUGAGGGAUGAUAAACACAAAAAUUGUUUUUUAUAUUGUUCCAUGUUUCCGGAGGAUCAUAGGAUUAGAAAAGAUGAACUUAUUGAACUCUGGAUUGCGGAGGGAAUUUUACGUGAUCAUGGUUUAGAGGAUGCAAGAUAUGCGGGAGAGUAUAUUAUUGGAAGUUUGAAAAAUGCAUGUCUAUUGGAAAAGGCUGGAGAGUCUGAUGAUUAUGUUACGAUGCACGACGUCCUUCGUGAUAUGGCUUUGUGGUUAGCUUCUGUAAAGGAGAACAAGAUUUUGGUUUUUGAAAAUCAAGAAUCCAUUAGAAAACGUGGCAUUGCUACAUGGAAGGAGACAGUAAGAAUAUCACUAUGGGGUGGAAGUGUUAUACUUUUCAGAAAAACACCAUUUUGUCCGCGUCUGCUAACUUUUUUGGUCAGAAAUACUGCAAUUGAGACAUUUCCAAAUUCAUUCUUUCAAUCAAUGCAUGCCAUGAAAGUUUUGGACUUGUCAAAGAAUUUUCGCUUGACUAGGUUGCCUGCGAUGCUUGAAGUGAUAAAUUUGCAGUAUCUUAAUUUGUCGGAUACAAACAUACUAGAGUUGCCAAUUGUGACUAGCAGUUUGACAAAAUUGAGGUGUUCAGCAGAGUACCAACUAGACGUGGCCGUCUGCCUUUUUAUUCCUUUUGGAAUACAACCUUGUUACAAGAAUUGGAGUGCUUGGAAGAAAUAG